AAUAGGAAUUGGACUUCCUUCUCUCUCUAGUCUACUCUCUAUAUCUAUCUAUCUAUCUAUAUAUCUAUACUAUAUAUAAAGUAACGCAACGCCAAUCAUUUCCUUCAAGACAGUCCACAAGGUCUCCAAGCACCCUUCAAGCCAUUUCUCUCUCCCUCUCUCAUAUUCGAUUCAUUUCUCUUAUCCGAAGACAAGAUGGGUUGUUGUUUCUCUUCAUGGAUCUGUUAGCUUAGCUUAACCCAACUCAACUCAACUCAACUCAACGUGGUUGAGACUCGAUCGAGACACAGACAAAGCUGUAGAGGGAGAUUCGACAUUUCCGGAAAUGGAGAUGUCAAACUCUUUUAGAUAUAUUGGAGGGAUGAAAUUGCCGAUUGGGUUUCGAUUCCAUCCUACUGAUGAAGAGCUGGUGGUUCACUACUUGAACCGCAAGGUCUGUUCUUUGCCAUUGCCUGCCUCAGUCAUUCCUGAGUUGGAUGUUUACCAGACCAAUCCCUGGGACUUGCCAGGUGAUUCGGAGGAGAAGAUGUAUUUCUUCAGCAAAAGAAGAGGGAAUGUGAAAAGAUGCGGCACCACUACUUUCAUUAGUGGUUCUGGGUAUUGGAAGGCGAUUGGCAAAGACAAGCAAAUUUUAACCCCCGGAAGCAGCCAACCGGUUGGGAUUAAGAAAUCGCUUGUAUUCUACCAAUUGGGGAUAGGGAGGCGCCCUCGCUGCCCUCGUCCUCGUGGGUUUAAAACUCGUUGGGUCAUGCAUGAGUAUUGCCUUGUGGGAUCUGGAACCACCCCCCACUACUCUACCCAGAAAUUGAUGAUGCAAAUGGGAGAUUGGGUUGUCUGUCGCAUAUAUCAGAAGAAAAGAAAAGCCAAAAAAGAUGGGGUCAAAACUCAGUACUGGAACGGCAGUAUGAAUACGGCGGACAUGCUAAUUAGGCCCAGUAAUAGUAUUAUUGAUUUGUUGAUGGAAGACAGCACUGAUGAGUUAGGCCCGCCUCAGCCUUCCGCAUCAUGGUCAAGUGGGAUCACUGAGGUCUCUUCUGAUCAUGAUGAUCAAUUAGAUGAUGAGGAAUCAAGCAGUGCUGCUAUACGUUAGUUUUUUUUUCUCGUACGUUCGUGUUAUUGUAUGAUGGAGAGAUAGGGUUCAAAGCAGCCCCCAUUUGAAGUUGUUGUAUGCGAGAAAUUAUUACUUACGCAACAUUUUUUGUGAGACCAUUAAGUUUACCUUAUGAAGAUCAAGACUGCAUUUUAUCCUCUCAAAUAAUUUUUUCUGUCAUAUUCCAAC